AUGCAGCGACAAGGAUGGGGAGUGGCCUCAAAGACACUGUGCAUCAAAUCCGCUGCUGCACGCUCGUCCAUUCAAACAAGACCAUCGCGUCUCUUUUCGUCGUCGGUACCUGUAUCUGGACUCUUCAAGGACUAUGUCAAGAACCUUGAAUCCUCCGGAACUGUCAAGGAGAUAACUCCUGCUGAAUUGAGUGCCAAACUCACUGCAGACCCUGUGCAUGGUGCCGCUAAAACUUUUCAUCUAAUAGACGUUCGUGAGCCAUACGAAUGGAAUGAAGAGCACAUUUCAGGUGCAACUUACAUUGGAAAAGGCGUGUUAGAACGCGAUAUUGAAGGUGUCGUACCCGAUGUAUACGACGAGGUUGUUGUCUACUGCGCUGGUGGGCUUCGCUCUGUCAUAGCUGCUGAUUCGCUUCAAAAACUCGGUUACAAGAACGUUGCAACGCUUCAGGGCGGCAUAGGCAAUUUCAAAACUCAAGGAUUCAACAUUCAACAGAAUUUCGCCAUGUACUCUGACAAGGGAAAGCAUUAA